AUGCCUCCUAAACAAGGGUCGACUCAACAGAAAAAAGUUGGCCAGAGAUUGCUUACAAUGAAGAAACAGGAGAAAAGUGUUGGCCAACAACGGCCUGUUACCUCUGCAGGCGAAACUGUUGGUCCAAUGCGAUCCAAAUCUGAAAAUUCUGGUCUCAGUUCCAUUUCAACUUCAACCACGAGUAAGAAGCCAAUGGGGGCACCACUUGGGAAGCAAUAUCUCAGCAAAAGUCAUGAAAAUCUCACAGUUCAUCAAAAGAAGAAACUUUCCCUAUUACCAGAUCGACCCAAGCUGAAUACUACUACUACUACAACUACCACUACUACUACUACUACUACUGCUGCAAAGACUGACUCUACGAAAACCAGUAACAAAGAAAAUGUUCUAAAGGAAAAAGAAAAAAAUGUUGUCUUUGCAAAACCAUCCAAAGUUGUAAAAAGUUCUACAACCAGCACUACUUCAACUAUACGGAAGGCAUCGAGUACUCAGAACUUAGACAAAACUAGUGUUGUUAACAAGAAUGCUUCUCAUGGCACAAAGAUUCAAUCAAUGAAAAGAGCUCAUAGCUCACAGAGUGUAACAAAAGACAAAUCAUUACGAAAGAGGACCUCAGCACCAGCUGAUGUCAUGGCUUACAAUGCGGAAUUGCUUGCUAAUUUUGAACGAGAAAAGAAAAUUUUAGAAAGUCGCAUCUCUGAGCUGAUCCAAAUCACGGAAGGCCGAAAAGCUGAAAUUGAAAAGUACAAAUAUGAAAUAAAAAACUUAAAGGAACAAAUUCCUCCCUGUGACCUGAAGGAGGAAUGUGAACUCUUACGUAAUCAGAACAAAUCCCUCCAAGACAGACUGAAGGAACUGGGGAUUCCUGUUGAGCAAAUUACUGACUCUGAAAAACUGUCAAUGCUCAAACAAGCAUCAGCUCAGAUCUCAUCAUUGAAAACUGAAAGUUCUAAUGACAUUAUCUUACCAUCAAGUGUAAGCUGUGAUAGCCUAUCAAAUCUCGAAUCAUUACGAGAUCCUCUGAUGCACCAUGGCCUUGACUGUUCAGCCUCUGUAUCUGCAUCUGAGCCUGGUCUCACCUUGGCUGAUUUGUGCAGGACGCCUGAACACCCUUCAGAAUUAUCACUUGAUAAUGUUCCUUGGGAUAAACAAAGUAAUAAAAGCAGUGAUGCCAUGAGUGAAGUUUCUGUGGCCUGCCUCACUGAACGUAUUUUGCAAAUGGAAGAAACUCACUACAGUACCAAUGAGGAAUUGCAGGCCACUCUGCAGGAACUUGGGGAUUUACAAGACAUGGUCAAUGAGCUUACAGAAGAAAAUGAGAAACUUGCUGAUGAGCGAGGAGUUCUCCUUGAAUCAUUAUGCACGCAAACAGAGAAACUUGAGCAUUGCCGGACACAACUUGAACAUCUGAAAACUCUCCUUAUUAAUGGGAAUCAUGUAAACAGUUCUGAACGGGAGACUCAAAUGAUUGAUCUUUUGAAAGGUGCUUCAAUUGAGCGGGAGGAGAUGCUACGUAAACAGGAUGAAUAUGCUCAUGAACUUCAGAUGGCAGUGAAUGAGAAUAGAGAGGUUCAAGACAUUGCUGAUGCUCUGCGGGAUAGGAUUCAUCUUCUGCAAGCUGACAUUGACACUUUAACAGAAGACAAGAAAUCUACUGAGAAGUACAUGUCUGAAAUGAAACAGGCACUGUCAAAUGACCAGAUAGAAAUCACGCGUUACAAGACCAUGUUGGAAAAUGAAAAAUCUAAAGUGCUUGAGUUGGAACAAUACCAGCAAGUGCAUGACAAAUCUGACUUGGAGGAAUUGCUGCAUACCACACGUCAAGAGAAAGACAAACUUGAGGAGAAACUCACGGAUACUCAAGAAUCACUAGCAUUAUCCCAAUGUGAAAUUGAAAAAUUGCGGGAGAUCUUAACAUCAAAAGAUGAAGAAGUGAAAGGUUUGAAAAACAAUUCCAAAACCAAGAUCUCUGAACUGGAAAAUAAAAUGGAGGAGCUUCAGAAAGAACGUGGGAAUAUCCAACAAGAGAAGGAACAUUUACGAGACAAUAUUGACCAGCUGGAACAGGACUGUGAUCGUUACCAUGAUGACAUUAAAAAGUGCAACUUGAAGAUUCAGGAACUCCAGCAAGAACUUAAAGAUAUGAACAGACAGAAAAUGAUCUUGGAGGCUGAGCUCCAUGAUGUACAUCACAAACAUGAAGAGGAAUCUGAAGAAUGGAAGCAGUUCCAGAAAGACUUGCAAGUGGCAGUUGUCAUUGCUAAUGAGUUUCGAACAGAAACUCAGGAAGAUAUGGAGAGGCUGACAUCAGAGAAUGCUUCAUUGAAAGAGAAAGUAAAGUCUCUGCAGGCUCAGCUGAGCAAGUCCAAAGAUGAACAGGAUCGACUAAAACUGCGGUCAUGGGAAGAACGCUCUUCUAAACCAAUUUUGUCAACAGCAGAACUAAAAGGGAAAAUGAUCAAUACUGUUGAUCGAGAACUUGUUGCUCUUCGUGAAGGUCGUAGAAUGGACAGUAAAAACCAAACUAUGUCCGUGAAGAACUUAAUUCGUUCAAUUGAGGAUCAAGUGAAAAGUGGGGGAUCUUCAAUUCACUCAAGUCAAGGCAGUUCACGUCGUAGUUCCCUUGAGGGUCCUUUGUCUCCAGUUGAUGAUAUCCCUGAUGGUAAAUCCUCUCCAUCCCCUACUGACAAUACUGGACAAGGUCCAUUGGAAUUACCUCUCAAAUCUGCCUUGAAGAAACCUACAGCAGAAAAAUUAUCUCCUUUGCAGUCCCAUAGUACAGCUUUUGAGAAAAACAAAGAUUUUAAGACUAUUCCCCAGGGGACCAGCAGAAAUGAUACAGAGAUUGCAUCAAAAGUUUCACCCUCUAUCUCUUCCAUUCUGUCUAAUAGAAGUAACAGUCGGCGUAACAGUGGUGUUUGCACAGAACUUGAAAGGAAAGAAAUGGCUGCAAAAGAUCCACUGGUUGGACUUGCCAAACAAAUGGGAGGAUCUAAACGAAAUGCUUUACUGAAAUGGUGCCAAAUGAAAACUCUCAGUUAUAAUGGUGUGGAUAUAACAAAUUUUAGUAGUAGCUGGAAUGAUGGAUUAGCUUUUUGUGCGUUGAUGCAUUGCUACUUACCAGAUAAAAUUCCAUAUGAUGAACUCACUCCUGAGGAUAAGCGGAGAAAUUUUAACUUGUCUUUUAGUGCUGCUGAAUCUGUGAAUAUUACAUCAAAUUUGAAUAUCAAUGACAUGGUUGCUAUGGAGCGUCCUGAUUGGCAGGCUGUGAUAGCUUACGUCACUUCAAUUUAUAAACAUUUUGAAGUGGACUGCAAAUCUUGA